UGUGACCAGAGGUGACAGAGCCAGAAUGGGGAGGAAUCCAGUCAACCACAAGCUUUCGACACUGCAGCCUUUAGAUGUGUCUGGUUUCCCAGUACGCAACGGAAUAAAAGGUGCAGCCUACUUGAGUUUACUGUCACAUUUUGUAUCGACUCACAAACACAAAGAGUUUGCCUUGAAGAAACCAGCAGGUGCCGUGGUGAGGAUAGCAGAGCUUGAGGACACAAUUUACUGUGAGGAUCAAGAUGUGGUGAACGGGUGGGGGAAGUUCUACCUCCCCGAGACAGUAACCAUGCAGGUUGUAGGUGUGGUUGAGGGCACACCGUACCCGUGUGACCAGCUAGUUCUGAUGGCCUGUGAUGACAAUCGUUUUUACGCCUAUGAUGGAGAGGAGCUGCAUCUUGUGGCUUCAAGCCUAGAGUCUGAUGGAAUAGAGUUUCCAGCAUCAAAGAGCUUUUACAAGGGGGAGGCCUUCAAAGACAUGACUAAGGAGGACUGGGCUGAGGUGAGGAAAGGCCCUGUGGGCAGGAGGUUGGACCAAGAGCAUCAGAAAUUGGUGAAAGCAACUAAAUCCAGACUCCUGAAGAAUCUCAGAAUCGGCAAAGAGAAACAGAGGUUGCAUCAGAAGUUUGGAGGUGGCCCACUUCCUGACAACAUACUCUGUGGGUUGACAGGUGGCCAGGCUGCUCAUACAGCUGUUCAUUGAGCCGAUCUGAGCACAUCCGAUGACCAGGCUGCUCAUACGGGCUGAAAUGAACUGUUGUCGUAUCACAGCUGGAGAGGCUGAAAGGCCCUGGACAGUUGAUUAAAAAAAAACACAAAAUUAACAGUGUCUCUGUGGGACAAUGAGGAUGUCGGAGUCCCCGG